AUGGAACUUCUAUCCCCAAUUCGGGAGUCCAGCUCUCUUCCAACAAACGCCAAGAUCGUCAGAUUGAAGCGCCUCUCCGACGCGACCCAGUUUACACCAACCAAGAGCAUUUCCAGAUCGCACAUCCGAAGACGAACCAUCCAGUUUGCCAUCCCGUCUCCUGUCAUCAGAGAAGCACCAUCAUUCAAGUGCGAUUACUGCGAGAAGAAGUUCUUCCACCGCACUGCUCUUUUGAUCCACAUCGAAUCACAUGACCAGACACUUCCGAAAACGAAGAAGGUUCAAAAAUCCACCUCGCUCAAUUCCAUCAAGGUCAAUUCAAAAAGCUUCUUCGAGGAAAUUCAAGAAGAUCUUCAGCAAGAAAUGAUCCGCUCAACCCUGGACAAGGUCGAAAAGAACGAAAAUCAAAAGAAAUUCAAGUGCGAAAAAUGUCGAAAGCGCUUUCGAUCUUGGCGAAAGAUGAUCUUCCACAAUCUCAGACGACACAAAAAGGAAGAAUAG